AGCGGCGGGCGCUGGAGGACAGACUCCAGCUCAGCCAGGCAGUCAACAGAUAGUUUCCGAGAGAUGACCUUGCUGCCUGUGGGACGGAGAGUGACGGAAAAAGAUUUGAGAAACGGAGAAAUCAGAGAGUGACAAACCAGUGUCCAUGAAGGCAACAUCUGCCACUGCUUCCAGUGUCCUGCAGCAUAGGCGCACAGGCUCCUUCUAGUGGAGAAGACCAAGUGGGGCCCUUCAGGUUCUUCAGGCUAUAGGCCUGAAUAUGAGUGUAAUCGCAGAAACGAAUACUGGUCAACAAGGUCCGUGAGAGACAUUAUCACCAUCUGGAGGAGAGAUUGAAGAGCCUUGGAUCAUAUUGUCCUGUGAGCAGAUGAGUGAGGAUAGAGGACCUGCCAAUUUCUGCAUUCAUGAGAACUGCAUGCAUCUGACUGAAGUAGAGCUCAUCGGACAUCGACACCCUCAUGCUUUUUAAGGCGAGCUACUGCUGGGAAGCAAUACUUUUUGGGAUUCAAGAACAAUUUAGACAACGGAUGUAAUAUGAGCUAGCCUGUAUUAUUGUUGCCAUAUUGUGAUUCUUAAGUUAUUGUGGACACUUUAUUUACACCUUUGGUGGGUUGGGUCUGUCUUAGCAGUGAGAGACUCCCCUUUUUUUUACUGAGCAGUCACAGCAGCUGAGCAGUGACAGUCAUCAAACACUACUCAGUCGCCAAACGAGUAGCACUCAGACUGUGGUGUGGUCCUAUUUUGUUGAGUAAGGAGAGGUUAAAAGGAUACAGGUUUAUACCAUGGAUUACGGACCAACCAUCUUUUUGCUCACAGGAGCACUUGUAAGUGUUGCCCAAACUUAUCAGUACCACUUUGUCAGCAUGCCACUGAACUGGACUGAAGCUCAGCACUUCUGUAGAGAGGCCUUCACUGACCUGGCUACCAUAGAAAACACUGCUAAUGUCACUGCUGUUCUCACCACCACCACAAGUAACUCAGGCCAGGCUUGGAUAGGUCUCUAUGAUGAUUUGGUAAACAGCUGGGGAUGGUCCCUAAAUGACAGCAUCUACGAUGGUCAAGGAGGACAACAGAACUGCACUGUAUUAUUUGGUGGCAGGGGUACAUGGGGAAAUAUGAAUUGCAGCCUCAGACGACCCUUCAUAUGCUACACUGGAAUGGUUGAUGGCACACGUUUGUUUGUCAAGAUUAACAGACAGUUAAAUUGGACCGAAGCUCAGACAUACUGCAGGCUGAACUAUGUCGAUCUAGCCAGUGUACAGAAUGAAUCGGACAAUGCCAUCCUGACAAAACUUUCCUCUGGGGAGUCGGUGUGGAUCGGUUUCCCCGGGGGAAAACUGUGGUCUGAUGGGAGCACUUCUCUGUUCCGACACUGGGCAUUUGGGGAACCAGACUCUGUUGGAGAAGAAUGUAUCACCACAACACUCCAUGGCUCAGGAGAGUGGUCAGAUGAAGAUUGCUCCCUAAGUUUCCCUUUCAUCUGUCAUUCACCAAUUGCAGACGACUUCACAUCAGUAGGACAAGAUGAGACCAGUAUCACUCUGUUGUGGAAUACGCUGAACAAUGUCAGUUUUAUUCUCCAGUUUGAUGGUACAGAAAUAAAUAUCCCUGCACCAGAUGGAGACGGACCAGUGGCUUACACAGUCUCAUCUCUCACUGCUGGAACUAAGUACACAUUCACUCUCUUCUUUGUGUUUGCGAGCGUCAGAAGCAGUGGAGUAAGCGUCACUGCAGUCACUGCUCCUCCAAACACAGACCGCUUCAGAUCAACAGGACAAGAUGAGACCAGUAUCACUCUGCAGUGGAAUAACGUGAACAACACCAUCAGCUUUGUUCUCCAGUUUAAUGGUGAAGAGAUAAACAUCAAAGCACAAGAGAGAGGAGGACCAGUGACUUACACAGUCUCAAAUCUCACCGCUGGAACUACAUACACAUUCAAUCUCUUCUCUGUGUUUGACAAUGUCAGAAGCAGUGGAGUAAACGUCACUGCAGUCACUGCUACAGGAAAAGGGCCUUAUCACAUUGUUGGACUGAACUUGAAAUUAAAGUCACUUGUUAAGCUGUCAGACUCAGACAUAGAGAGUGCAUUGUUAGAGCUCGUCAGUCUUUAUGAACUGACACCACAGGUAUUUUCCGUGAAGGUUAAGUAUGGGAAGCCAUGAGACCAGUGGAGAAAAGUCGAGAUGGAGAAUGGUACCAUACCUUUUUAAAUUUGAUUUAGACAAAUUAUAGCCAUUUUAAUUUUUAAAUUAUCGGCAGCCUGUGGCCGAGCGGAAAGGAAUAGUGUUUGUAAGGGUUUAAGAAAUCUACUUUAUUCAGUGUACAUGUGUUAUUGGAUCACUUUAAAGAUACUCAAAACCUGCAUAAAUGCCAUGAUUGUUUAUCACAUUCAAGUUUUAUAUUUUAAACUGUUUCCUUUUUACUUAAUUAUUCACCUCACCUCAUAUUUUUUAUAGACAAAAUAUCCCUGCUUAGAAAGUGGCUAUAGUGUGUGUAUUUCUUCUUAUUGUAUGUGAAUGUUUUGAAUGCACUUUGUUCCGAUCCAGCUGAAAUAAAGGAAAGGUAAUGGGAAAA